UCUCAGCCACCCGCUCCAGAAAUCUAACGGCAUUCAACAUUUUAACGGCAGAUAACAAAAUAGGAGGGAAAUAAUUCCAGCCGAUAGAUCUUCAACUUUAUCGUAUAAGAUCCACUCACUAUGAUCUCACUCUCAUAACACUCCACCCCUGCAUUUCAAUCACUACGCUGUACUUCUACAAUUUCUGUUUGAGGGAGAUAUCUCUCUCGAUCAAUUUUUAGAUCUGUCUGCUUACUUCACAUUCAUCUAAGGUUUCCAGGUUUGUCACUCUCUUGGUGGCGGAACUGGUUCUGGUAUGGGAACUCUUUUGAUCUCAAAGAUCCGGGAGGAAUACCCUGACAGGAUGAUGCUCACAUUCUCUGUGUUCCCAUCACCCAAGGUUUCAGACACAGUGGUUGAACCAUAUAAUGCAACACUCUCAGUUCAUCAGCUCGUAGAGAAUGCUGAUGAAUGUAUGGUGCUUGACAAUGAGGCUUUGUAUGACAUAUGUUUUAGGACUCUAAAGCUCACCACUCCCAGCUUUGGUGAUUUGAACCAUCUGAUAUCUGCAACAAUGAGUGGGGUCACCUGUUGCCUUCGGUUCCCUGGCCAACUCAACUCUGACCUAAGAAAGCUUGCUGUUAAUCUAAUCCCUUUCCCACGUCUUCACUUCUUCAUGGUGGGAUUCGCCCCUCUCACCUCCCGCGGGUCCCAGCAAUACCGUGCCCUUACAGUUCCUGAGCUGACUCAGCAAAUGUGGGAUUCCAAGAACAUGAUGUGUGCCGCAGACCCACGCCAUGGCAGGUACCUCACUGCCUCAACAAUGUUUAGGGGAAAAAUGAGCACCAAAGAAGUGGAUGAACAGAUGAUCAAUGUGCAGAACAAGAAUUCAUCUUACUUUGUUGAAUGGAUUCCAAACAAUGUGAAGUCAAGCGUGUGUGACAUCCCUCCAAGAGGACUAUCGAUGGCUUCCACCUUUAUUGGAAACUCGACUUCCAUUCAGGAAAUGUUCAGGAGAGUGAGUGAGCAGUUCACUGCCAUGUUCAGGAGGAAGGCUUUCUUGCAUUGGUACACGGGGGAAGGAAUGGAUGAGAUGGAGUUCACCGAAGCUGAGAGCAAUAUGAAUGAUCUUGUUUUGGAGUAUCAGCAGUAUCAGGAUGCAACUGCUGACGAGGAUGGUGAGUAUGAGGAGGAAGAGGAAGAAGAGCCUGAGCAAUGAUGAAUGAGAAGAAGGCAAUAAAAAUCUUACAUGCUAUGCUUAUAUUAGUCCUCCUAUUUGUGGUAAUGAGUUGUAUGUUUGGUUGAUAUAUAUUUGAUGGUUGUUGUGGUCUUUUGGGUGGGGGAGUUGUUGACAUUCCCAUUUGAAUGCCGAUGUCUCUUUGCAUUGUGUACUUAAGAUGUUCUGUCAUGCUAAUUGAUCUGAGUG